GGAAUUUUCUGUGCUGUAUGGGUACAGUUUUAUUGAAAAAUGGCUCAAUAUUACACAUAGAUAAAAUUUAUAUUCCACCAAAUGAAAAUAAUAAUGGUAUUCAAAUUUCUGGAAAUAUCUUAAAUCCAGAAAAAUCCAUAUUUAUAUAUCCCUGCAAUUCCGAGUCAUUAAAUAUAUGAAAAGUCAUUAAAUCUCAUAUUAGAAGAAUAUGUACAUUUCGAUCAGUCGUUUCAAAAAUGAUAUAUUUUUAAAUCGAUGGUUAUGGCCAAGAAAAAAAUUAUGUAAUGCCGUUUCUUCACCAAUAAAAGUUUAAUUUCAACAAUUUUACUUUUUUGUCCAAAGUAUUUUAUUUCAGCAUUUUAGAAAACUACAAUAUUGAAUGUAGUAAAUUUGAACAGACCAGCAGUUAAUCUAGCCGCUGAUAGUUUAUUGUUUCAUAACCAUCGCCGAUCGCAAUCAUCGCUCACGAAGAGAUCGUAGUGUAUCACAUAAAGAUGGGUAAAGCACCAUACAAGCUGGUUGAAUUUGCUGAAGAAAGUGAUGGGAUAAAAAGUAUCGAUGUUGUCCCACCAAAUUGGAUUUUUUAUGAUGGUAAAGCAGGUCUGAUGACAAAAUUUAUGCCACAGCCAUGCAAUAAUAAGAAUUUAGCCUAUUUGCAUUCUCUUAUGCAACAAAAGAAACCUGCGCCAGAAAAUUGGCCAAAUUAUACCGUUGAAGUACGAGGUGAAGCAAAGAAAAAUUUUUCACACACAGGAAAAGAAUUAUAUAAAAAAUCUCCAUCUAGUACCUCGAUUUCCAGAAAGGAAAUUGAUUUGAAGAGUUUACAAUCAACAAAUACAUGCAAUGAUAGCAUGAGAAACAGUGAAACGUCUGUAUUAUAUGACGAUGGAAUCCCAGUUAUGAACUUUGACCCGAUGUCUUUAACGGAUGAUAUUAAAGAUUUAAUAAACAGAGGGUUCCGUAGCCAAAACGUACAACUAACCAAAAUAAGUACACAAUUAGAGGAAAUUUAUAAUAUUUUACAAGAAAAAAAAAUAGGCAACUUCUCCGAGAUCUGUAAUACUGGAAAUUUUACGGAAAAGUACCAAAUAGAUUUACCAUUUAAAAAUUUAGACGAUUUCCAGAAUUUUGACAACAAAUUGAAAACGGAUACAAAAUUUCAAGAAGACGUUAAGUUUAAUAUAUGAACAUUAGUCGAUUCAAAAUCUUCACUUACCCACACUGUAAGGAACAUUUUAAAACGUUACAUGUCAAGAAAUGUGAUACAAAAAUAUACUGCUGUGAAAGAAACGGCAACGAAACUCACUUUCCAGCAAACGAACUUUUUUUCCUGUAUUCAAGAUAUUAUAGUUGCGGAAUAUAGAAAUAACCCAAAAGCUUCGCCAGUUACCGCCAAAAGUUUUUAUAAAAGUGUGGGCGCAUUAAUGGUGUAAAGGACUGGGAAGGUUAUUGUUCAAUCCAAGCCAAGAAAGGAAAUGUUAUAUAAUAGAGUGUAGUAUUUUCAUUGCUCAUACCAAAGUGUUAUUUUAUCGUUUUAUAUAUAUUUCAUUAAUAAAUAAAUAAUGUAAAUUAAAAAAUCUAAUAUCAAUCCAUAAACCUUCUUCCUUCCUUUACAGUACCUUAUCGGGACCCUAUAAGAAUUGCGUUACUAGGGCCGAUCAGGAAACUGCUAUCAGGGCCAUAUAGAACACGACGUUACAUUUUUGAUAAGGCGCCAUGUCAGACUGCCUUAACAAGACCUGAUCGGGCAAUAGGGCAAAACCUAGCGUACCCCUCUUAGGGCCGCGUUUUAUUUUCUACUCGAGUGGGUUUCGAUCUUAUUUUUAAUCAAUCUUAAUACCAUAUUUUCAGUUCAAAAAUCUCGAUCGAUUCAAAUUACUUUUUUUUAAAU